UAGAAUUUUCAGCAGCAGAAAAGUUGGUUUUUCCCUGAUUUAUCCUUUUUCAAUACCUUUUUCACCUUAUUGCGCUAAACAUGACAGCAGUAAAACACGCCAUCCGCACGAAAACUGUCGAUUAUGAGGCCUAAUUAGUUGUUUACUCGACAAUUCUGUGAAUUACAUUUACAAAGCUCUCGAUUAUUUUUUUUGCAACAAUUACGGGAUGGGCUGUAUCCACAGCAAGGCAGAUGUUGUUGGACACAGUGAUACAAGUCCCAACAUUUUCCGUGUCAUCAAUAUCGAUGAAGACAGUCAAGAGUUGUGGUCUGGUCAAUUGGAAAUAACUGUAACAGAUUUGAUUUUGCAUCGAAAAGGGCAUGUUCCGGUAAUGUGGCCCUUGAAAUGCUUGCGUCGUUAUGGAUGCGAUUCGGAUAUGUUUAGUUUCGAGAGCGGGCGACGAUGCGCAACGGGCGAGGGAAUUUACGCUUUUCGAUGUAAACGAGCAGAUUUGCUGUUUCGCACAUUGCAAGACUAUUUGCAACGUCGUGCGUAUCUCACAGAUGAUCGAAAUUCGUUUCCCGUGCCUCCGACAUCCGCAAAUGGUCCGAGACUCGUGCGUACGAACAAUAAUCAACCUGCAGGAGCAAAUACUGUGGGUGUUUUGAGUGUCGGGAGUCACGUUACAGAUCGAACUGUCACACAAACGUUGAGUCCCUUGAACUCGGGCGACAUUUUGCCCGUGACAGAGAGUUAUUUGGAGCCAAAUCAGCAUGUACAACGUGUUGGAGGUUCGAUAAGCAGUGCAAGCGGAGGUCCUUUAAGUCCUGAUUUGGCGUCGCCCAGCUCCCCGAAAGGCAGAAGUGAUAAUGCGGAGUUUUCGAGCAUCUUGGAAGUCACUCCGUUGCCAAGCACGAACAAUAAUAACAAUAAUGUCGCACACGGCGUCAGUAAUUUGUAUCAGGAAUUUCCCGUACGUGAAUUUAACAAUAAUAAACGUGUCUCGUUAGAUACGCCGCCCGCAGAAAUGGCUCCGACACCCAUGGCACUGCCCGAAGAGGAUUUUCGCACGUACGAAAACACGUCGCCCAUCUCGCUGAAACACAGUUUGAGCGGCGCAAGUGCUUUCAGCGGCGAACAAGCGACACAACAGGAAGAUUGUCACAGUUACAUGAACGUCGCGUUGGGCAUUACGAGUCCGACAACGUCAAAUGCCGCUGCGGGAGGCGACGAAAGUGUCGCUUUGCGAACUCCGACAACAGCAAACGCUGCACAAAACUAUGGCUUUAAGCGCGCGGACUCAUUGGCGAAUGAUCCGAGCCGAUCCUACGAAAAUAUGGAACCCCUUCUCACGCGAAUGCGUCACUCGAAACCGGAAAUUUUCUCCAAAGUCGAUUUGCCGGCGACACCAACGUCUUUUAUUGCUGCGAAUGGCGCCGAAUCUCAUGCCAAAGACGAAGAACGCACCGUCAACUACAUCGUACUCGAUCUCGAUAAUCCUCCCGUUGCUGCUGCUGCUGCUGCGACAAACGACACAACAGACACCUUUUCGCUGCACUCGAGUAACGUGCAAUCGACAUCCGUUGCUUCCGUGACGACAUCCAACGGCAGCAACAGUUCGAUCGAGCAUCGCAAAAUUCUGCAGUAUUCGAAUAGCUUUGAUUCGUCGCUCGUGAUUAGCUCGGCGGGCAUCACGACGAGCAACAGUUUGGGUCUUUUGCCGCCCGAAUCUCCAAAGAAACCCAGUUUAGGAUACGCUAUGAUAGAUUUUAACAAAACUGUGGCUUUGUCGAACACGGUCUCCAACUCGAAUUCUGUCGGAUCGCCAACUGCGGGAUCGCGACGCACGAGACACAGCUAAAAUUUUACACACAAAAACACACACAAAGACACUAAAAAAAUAAGAAAAGAAAAAAAGAUAGUUUUAAUGUUAAAGGAUAUUAAUUAUUAUAUAAAAAAAAUAUAUUGAGUGAAUUCACAUUACAAAGAUAUACAAAGAUCAGACGAACAACAGUGCCAAAGAAAAAGCUUUUAAUGUUGUAUGUAAUUGUUAUAUUUUAAAGG